AUGCAAUGCGACACAAAUGCGGUGAAAGAUAUGAUUGCGGAACUAGAGACGAUUGCGAUAGAAGAGGUCAGCAAUGACUGUUUAACUCCUGAGUGUACAAAAGCUGCUACCAUUAUCCAACAUAGUAUAGACCCCAAUGUAGCGCCGUGCGAUGAUUUUUACAAAUUUGCAUGCGGUACUUUUUUGCAAACCACAGAAGUUCCAAAAAAUAAGAGAAGUGUCAACAGAUAUGAUUUCCUCAAUAGCAAAGUUCAGGACCAGAUAAAAAGUAUCUUUGAAGAGCCAGUUCAAUUCAACGAACCAAGAUUCAGUACCCUAUCGAAAAACUUUUACAACGCUUGCAUGAACACAACUACGAUUGAAAACAAUGGUCUCGAUACAGUAUUAGGAAAUUUGAAAGAAAUGGGAGGCUGGCCUCUGCUUGAAGGAUUGUGGAAAGAGGAAAACUUUGAUUGGAAAGAGGCAACUUAUGACAUGCAGAGAUUGGGAUAUAAUACUUAUCACUUGUUUUCUUUCAAUGUUGUCACUGAUUUCUCAAACAGUACCAGAAAUGUGUUAAAUAUCGACCAACCACUUCUCCUUAUAGAUCGCGCAUCUUUAUCAAACGGGUUCAAAGACAAUUAUAUCAAAGCUUACUACAAUUAUAUGGUUGACGUAGCUGUUAGUUUUGGCGCAGAUAAAGCUAUAGCUGAAAAAGAAUUAAAGGAAACUCUUGAAUUCGAAAUGCUGCUGGCCAAUAUCUCCCUGAGUGAAGAAGAGAGAAAAAAUCAAACAGUUCUCAAUAACUUAAUGACACUGAAAGAGCUCACACAAAGAUAUCCGAGUAUUCCCUGGAACAAAUACUUUAACACACUUCUCAAAUUGGCGUUCGUAAUUGGUGACGAUGAAAUAAUAAAAGUAAGCGUUCCUGCUUUUUUUGAAAAAUUCGAAAUAUUGAUCAAUGAAACUCCAAAGAGAGUGCUGGCUAAUUAUCUCAGUUGGAAAGCAGUUGAUGAAAGUGUACCUUUCUUAAAUAGAAGAAUUCGAAACCUUCAAAGAAAGUUUUCAAAUUCUCUCUCCGGCCCAACUGAAAGGCAAGCAAGGUGGAAGGAAUGCCUCCAGAUGACGACUAAUAAUAUGCGUGUAGGUGUUGGUGCUUUAUAUGUCAGAAAAUACUUCACGCCAGAAUCUAAGAAAAUUGCAGAAGAAUUAGCAAUCGAUAUUGCAGUACAGAUGCAAAAUAUUCUAAAAGAGGCUCAUGGUGUAGAAUAUGAACAUGUAUCCAGUCUAUUUCAUGACCAGUAUGAAACUGGUGUUUUGCUAUCACUUUAUCGUUUUUUGGACUCUGUCUAA